UCACGGAUGGUCGCGGGUACAAGCCUGUCUUCGAGGUGCAGUUCUAAUGCCACACUCAUCUGGUUUGGAUAGCACGAACUGAUCUAAUCUGGAAGAGUUAGGAUUAAAAUGGUCCUAGAACUGCUAGGACCUUUCGAAAAUUGAAGGCUGCCAACAACUUCAAGACUCACAUCAACAAAUCUUUCUCAGUGUCAAUUGCGGCUUCAGUGCAUUCCCCAAGAGGCUUUAAGGAUGCGUUUUUCUUCCAGAGUGUGAAUAAAAGCCAGUUUAGCAGUCGUCAUGAAAUCUCGUUGAUGAUGCUUGAGUAUGGAGAUUAUGCUUUACAGGUUCUACUAUUCAUUUUUUUCAAGAAUUGCUUUCUUACAAUAUUGAAAACUCCAGAGGUCACCAUUGUGUUGUCGCCGAAAUGCGCUGACCAAAAGCGUUGUAAUAAAGCAUCCCGAGCAGGUUUGAAUAAGCAUAUUGAUGUACAGCUCGAAUGGCUCUGGAGUGCAAACGGCGACGGGACGUGAAGCGUUUAAAGCAUGUCGAGCAAUAACAUAUGUCUAUAGAUAUGCAUUUGUGCGUUAUUCAGAAGAUUUAUUGGGCUUAAUAAUUUUUUACAUUCGCG